UGCUUAUAAAUUGUAUCCAUGGAUACCUUAAUGGUUUUGGCCAGAAGUCGUCGAAGACCACCAUGGCGUACGGUGGUUCGCGAGAUGUCAGAAUUCAGAUUGCUGAAGCACCAGAUUACUAAACAUGUGUUUCAGAAUGUUCAAUGUGUACAAUGGAAUUCGUAGUUGGCGGAUAAAUUGUGGUUUCAGAGUGAUACCGAGGUUCAGCAUUCCAAAACAAGCCCUUUGGAGAACCUAUCCAGUAGAAAGCACAACAAAGCUCACGAUCCAAGGAGAUGCCGGCUGGGAUUCCGGGGCGGCUGCCUGGAGAAGGCCUGCCGGAACCCGACCCUGAGGGACCGGGUGCUGUCGCGCGCGUUCUCGGAGGAGCUCGAGUCCCUGAUGCACGCCGGCAGCCAGCUCUUCUUCGACCCUCGCGGCCACCUGAUCCCCCUCUGGAACAAGAUCUUCCUCGCGGCCUGCCUGCUGUCCCUGUUCGUGGAUCCGCUGUUCCUGUACCUGAUGGGCACGCAGCGGAACAUGUGCAUCGAGUUCAAGUACUCGCUGGCGCUCACGCUCUCCAUGAUCCGCUCGCUGCUGGACCUGUUCUACGCCGCGCACAUCCUUUUCCGCUUCCGCACCGCGUUCAUCGCGCCGUCGUCGCGCGUGUUCGGGAGAGGGGAGCUCGUCAUCCAGCCGUACAAGAUCGCCAGGAGGUACCUUGCGCGGACGUUCUGGUUUGAUCUCCUCACCGCUCUGCCGCUGCCGCAGUUUGUGAUAUGGAUCGUUCUACCGAAGCUGAAGGAUUCGGCGACGGCGAACCGGAAGAACAUCCUCCGCUUGAGCCUCAUCUUCCAGUACCUCCCACGGCUCUUCCAAAUCUUCCCGCUCUCGAGGCAGAUCGUCAUGUCGACCGGGGUCAUGACGGAGACGGCGUGGGCCGGCGCCGCGUACAACCUCAUACUCUACAUGCUGGCAAGCCAUGUGCUGGGGGCACUGUGGUAUCUGUUCUCGGUGCAGAGGCAGGAGGCGUGCUGGAGGGAGGCGUGCCUCCUCGAGAGCCCCUCGUGCCAGACCAUGUUCUUCGACUGCAAGACGGUGAGCAGCAACAGGACGAUCUGGUACGAGCUGAGCAACAUCACGAGCCUGUGCACGCCGGGCAACGGGUUCUACCCGUUCGGGAUCUACGGGGAGGCGCUGGACGCCAAGCUCACGUCGUCGUCCUUCACCCAGAAGUACUUCUACUGCUUCUGGUGGGGACUCAAGAACCUAAGCUGUUUAGGCCAGAAUCUGUCGACGAGCUUGUUCAUCGGUGAAAUAACCUUCGCAAUCGUCAUUGGCGUUCUUGGGUUGGUGCUGUUUGGCCUGCUCAUUGGCAACAUGCAAUCCUAUCUCCAGGCAACGAUGGUGCGGCUGGAGGAGUGGCGGACGAAGCGGACAGACAUGGAGCGGUGGAUGCAGCACCGGCAGAUACCGCAGCCGCUGAAGCAGUGCGUGAGGAGGUACCAACAGUACAAAUGGGUGGCCACAUGCGGCAUCGACGAGGAGGCCCUGCUCAGUGACCUCCCCAUGGACAUCCGCCGCGACAUCAAGCGCCACCUCUGCCUCGACCUCGUCCGAAGGGUGCCUCUGUUCGACGAGAUGGACGAGCGGACGCUGGAGGCUAUCUGCGAGCGCCUGCGGCCGGCGCUGUACACGCGGGGCACGCGGCUGGUGCGGGAGAUGGACCCCGUGAACUCGAUGCUGUUCAUCAUCCGCGGGUACCUCGACUCGUACACGACGCAAGGCGGGCGGUCGGGCUUCUUCAACUCGUGCCGCAUCGGGGCCGGGGAGUUCUGCGGGGAGGAGCUCCUGACGUGGGCGCUCGACCCGCGGCCCGCGGCGUCGCUGCCGCAGUCCACGCGCACCGUGCGCGCCGUGUCCGAGGUGGAGGCGUUCGCGCUAGUCGCGGAUGACCUCCGCUUCGUGGCGUCGCAGUUCCGGCGCCUGCACAGCGCGCGCAUCCGCCACAGGUUCCGGUUCUACUCCCACCAGUGGCGCACGUGGGCGGCGUGCUUCAUCCAGGCCGCCUGGCGACGGCACAAGCGGCGCCGCGCGACCAUGGAGCUCAGGAUGCGCGAGGGCCUCGAGGCGCGGCCCGGAGGGAGCGUGAGGUGCCGCCGGCACAGCAUCGACGGCAAGGCGCUGAUCAAGAAGCCCGUGGAGCCGGACUUCAUGGAGGAAGAAGAUGACUGAUCAUCGAUUUUUUUUCCUGUUCAGCCUGCUACUAUUUACCGAAGUCUGAACUCCCGAGUAUAGUGAUGCUGUGUACAUAUAUACCCACCCUACUUUUGCAUACAAGCUGAGAUGUUUGUAUUUUGUUAUGUGCAGUUAAUAAUGUAGAAGUGUUUCACAA